UAUGAAAACUGAAACACAUUUCAUCCGUCACUGAUUUUAGGCAAAUCAAAAAGCGAGAGAGCGGCCUGUAUAGACGCUUUUAUAGUAACACAACAAAGGGAGAAUUUGGUAGUCCAACUGCGUCUAGUGAGCUUUUCCUGCGAGGUUGCUUGUUUGAAGGAAGCUUUAAAUUAUCGAUUAGCAAGAUGGCAGACGAAGAUUUAUCGUUGAACGAAGAUCAACUGCUGGACAAUCUUGACGAGGCAAAUGGCGAGCACGAAGCGGAACUAAUGAACGAAAACGAGGAAGCCAAUAUGCAAAUCGAUCCUGAGCUAGAGGCAAUUAAGGCGCGUGUUAAGGAAAUGGAGGAGGAGGCGGAAAAAAUUAAGCAAAUGCAAUCUGAGGUUGAUAAGCAAAUGGCGGGCUCGACGACGGGUUUGGCCACUGUGCCAUUAUCUUUGGAAGAAAAACAAGAAAUUGAUACGCGUUCUGUAUACGUGGGCAAUGUAGAUUAUGGCGCUUCGGCUGAGGAGUUAGAAUCACAUUUUCAUGGCUGCGGUACCAUUAACCGAGUGACAAUUCUGUGCAACAAAGCCGACGGUCAUCCCAAAGGCUUCGCUUAUAUUGAAUUUGGUUCAAAGGAAUUUGUUGAGACUGCUUUAGCCAUGAAUGAGACACUUUUCAGAGGCCGGCAGAUUAAGGUUAUGUCUAAGCGCACCAAUCGCCCUGGACUUUCAACGACUAAUCGUUUCGCUCGCGGCAGUUUCCGUGGCCGGGGCGCACGUAUAUCUCGCGCUUGUUGCCACACUUCCUUCCGAGGUGCACGUCGCCCAAUAAGGGGUUAUCGUGGACGUGCAAAUUACUACGCACCCUAUUGAUUAAUGUUUUAUUCUUAUUUCUAAGAUUUUUUUUACAAUAUAUAAAAUGAUUUCAAAAAACAUUAUACAUACCGUUCGUUGUUACCAAUCUUCUUAAAAAAAAGCUGUCCAAAACAUUUAAUGAAUAAAUAAGCAUCAGACAAAAAAUAGACAACAACAUAAAGGAAAAAAGAAAAUGAUAAAAAAGGACAAAAGGGUUUAAAAAAGCGAAACUCGAUCAACAAUAAAUAAUAAACUCAAAUAUACUGCAAAAAAUAGAGCAUGAGAAAGAAAGAAAAACAGCAGGAUAUAAAAAAAAAUAACAGAAACAGAAAAAAUAUGGAUUUUCAUUAUUUCAUGGGUUAUAAUGUUUUUUGAACAGCAACACACCAACAUCCCCGUUUAAACCAUUUUAUUUUCCUAACUUUAAAUCACUCAACAAGUUCUCAACGAUUACAAAAGAGGAAAAGAACUUAUUUAAAGAAAAAAUUGCAAAA